AGGGGGAUAAUUGCUAUAUCCGAAACAUAAACUAAUUCGCCUCAGAGCUUUACAUGUAAUGAAAUCCGAUUAAAGGAGAUUUAACUUUUUUGUUCGCUAUCCUUGAAUUUCGUCUCGAUCGAGUCAACUCUAUGGGUCUCCGUAGCGACGUUGGUAUCAUGUGACCAGGCCUCCAGUCCUGUGUUGUGUGUGUGUGUGCAAUAUGGCUAUUGGUAGAUAGAGGAUUUAUAUGGGACUGUAAUUGUAGAAGAUAUAUAUCUCGAUAAUCAAACAUUAAUAUAUGGAUUUAACUAGACUUCUAAGACACCAAUAGUUAGUACGUAGUAAAACAAAGAAGAGGAAUAAGAAAUCCAACUCCAAAAUGGCAGCUACAACGACCCUGCCGAAGAUUUCUCGCACCCCGUUGGCUACACCCGUCCCCCCAUCCAUCCAACGCGCCAACUCCAUGUACGGAGCCUACCCCCCUCGUGAACUGUCUAGCUCCAUGAGCUUGGUCCGGAUCCCCCCUCGGGUGAAUCCCCUGGCCCCACCCCCUCCCCGCAAACGAAUCCAGGACCACUGGGAGACAGUUGAACAACACUGGCACAAUGACCAGAGGCGGAUCCUGAUGCAACAACGGGAGCACCAGCGGUAUCACUCCGCCUGGGCCAAGGCUUUCUACGGGGCACCUGCCGAGAAAGAGCAAUACAGAAAACACUUCCGGGAUGUUCUCAAACAACAAAUGGCGGACCAAGAUAUCAGUAAAAGUGUAGCCUUCAAAGAAAAAUGUCAGGAAAGUAAGCAGUCUAUAGCCUACGACAACGAUUGUCGUCAGAAGGAUAUGGACGCCUAUGUAAAAAAACACGUUUACUUACAAAACUUCAGGGACGGAAAUAAAAAUAUGAUGGAGAAACAAUGGCAAGACAACCGAACCAGUAGAUAUCUAGAACAACGCAUCGACCGAGAAAGACUUCGAUAUAACCCAAUCAACUGGUCCUGUAGCCUUAAAUAGUUCUUGUGGGUUUUUUAAAUUUAUUUUUUUUUUUUUUAGUUUUUGGUACAUAGUUCUUCUUUAAAGAGGGAUAACUCUUCCUGUGAUAAAUUAAUCAUUCUUCAUUUCAAAAAGUUCAAGAUUUAAAGAUCGAAAGAUUUUUGAAAAAGUUUGCUGUUUAAAUUUUGUGAGUUUAAAUUUUGAUAUCUCUUAUGAUGGGGGGGGGGGGUGUCUUUAUAUUAAUUUUGGUUUUUUCUUAACGGGGGAGAGUAUAAUUUCAACAAAUGCAAAAUAUUAUUUAUGGAACAUUUUGAAGGAUGAUGUAUCUUAAAAAUAGAUUACAUGUAGGUUUUCAAUUGUUGUUAGUAGGUUUAGGUAUCUAAUACAGUUUGCAAAAUGUGUAGUGCUGGCGAGAUGACUUGUUUUUACUUGUAACACACUGUGUACUAUAUCAAUUUCGAACAAUUGCGAAAUUUUUUGUACAUUGUUAAUAUAGUGUUCAUCUUAAAUAGUAUUCAUGCAUUGAAUAAAAGGGGUGUUUUUCUCUGAUAUCUGCAUAAUUUUAAAUCCUAUUAAAUAUAUGGAUUUUUAAAAAAAAAAAUGAACCCUUAAAUGUUAUUAAUAUCAAUAUACAGAGUUUAAAUCUCAAAAUUGCAACAGCAUAUGCAUACAGUUACAUAUCUAAAUCGACCUUCGUUAUACAAUUUCUAACCUUCCCUUACCUUACAAAAAAAUUAUUUUGAAAGAUUUCAUCCACGCACUGAAAAACACUGAAUAUCAUUGUUUGAAUCUUUUGGAUUACGUCAGCUAGUUACCGACAGUUACCAAUUGUUUUCUAUGUUGAUGUAAACUGAAUAAUCACGUGAGACCAGCACAAGUGUUUUGAUCUUAUAACGCAGACAUUGUACACCCAUUUUAAAAAUUGCUCAAUUGUUUUAUUUAAAUAUUUAUUAAUUAGUACAUGUAAAAGUGUUUAGUUAAUAUGCACGCUUUUAAAUACGGGAGACAACUUGUGUUUAAUUUCAGAAUUUGUCUCCCUUGGCGAGCAAAUGAUAACAAUCAUCACAUUUUCAAAAUAUAUUUUUGUACAAGUUUUGAAGUUUGUUUUGUUAAUGUGUGAAUCAUAGCCUUAUGUUUUUUUUAUUUAAAGUCUUGAAUGUAUCAAUUUAUGGUGUUUUGAACACCUUUACGUAUAUAUAACAUGUGUCCUGUGAUAAACUCAUCUGUGAUGAAAGAUAUGUUAUUAAUAUAUCUCAUUAUAUUUCAAUAUAAUCAUGCAUGUACUUGUACUGCUAUAAUACUAGUGUAUGUUCUUUAUCAGUAUUAUCUAACGUUACCUUAUCUUAUUUUAUACACACGUUUAAUCGCCGAUUUUGUUUGUUAUAUGAAUGUAUUUAUUUUUAGAAAAUUAUUUUUGCCUUUAUUUACGCCUUUCUUGAAGUGGAUUCGCGUGUUUUGAAUAGAAAAAAAUUGCAUAAAUGAUAUUUAUAUUUUAGUUUUACGUAUUUUUUUUCCAGAAUUUAUAUUCUAAUAUGAUGCCACGUUUAAAUGUUUCAUUAAAAUCUAACUGUCUGCAGAACAUGUUAUUAUUUAUUCUAUGG